UCCGCUGUCGUGGAAGGUCAACAAGGACAAGACCAUUGAGUUGUACACUCUGCUCCUGGAGGACAUCCUGGUGCUGCUGCAGAAGCAGGAUGAGCGUCUGGUCCUCAAGUGUCACAGUAAGAACCUGGCCGGCACCUCGGACACCAAGCACAUCUUCAGCCCUGUCAUCAACCUCACCACCGUGCUGGUGCGCUCCGUCGCCACAGACAACAAGUCGUUCUUCGUCCUCUCCAUGUCGGACAACGGAGCCCAGAUCUACGAGCUGAUGGCUCCCACUGUUUCAGACCAGAGAACGUGGCAGCGUCUGAUCACCCAGAGAGCGGAUGCCAUGAAAGUCAAACCCCACAGUGUGAUCCCCUUACCUCAGACCGAUGGAGAGAGAGAUGGUGUUGAGAUGAUAACUGCAGGGAUCUCCAGACUCACUAAGGACCCAGAUCGCACCUCCACUGGAAGCACCAGAUCCACAGAUAAAGAGGCCAUCUCUGGCUCCAGCGCUGCCCUACCCAGCCCUCUGCCAGACAGGGCCCAGUAUGGAGGGGUGGGGGCCGAGGAGGAGGAGGAGGAAGACUUUAUAGACCCAGAGCAGUCUGACAGGCUGUCCUUCCUGGGCUGUGUGGAGGCUGGGGAGGCCGACAGCCCCGGCCCCUCACCCUCCACGGCCGAUGAGGCUCUCAAGACCUUGUCGGCCCUGAAGCAGGUUCUAGUGACCCAGCUGAUGUCCCAGGAGGCCAGCGAGCGUGUGCAGCGCUCCACCGGGGCCCGCCUGCUCCGGACCACGUCCCUCCGCACCCCGGUGGACAGCCGGGCCCGGGUACCGGUCCACAACGGCUCCGACAAGGGCUGUGGGCCACCGGACGACCCGACCCAGGACCUGGGGUCUGGGGACACGGGCUUCUUCGACUCCCCUGAGGACUAUGCAGGCUACCUGGUCCUGGAGGGCUACGGGGGUCCGGGGGAGAGCUCGACCGAGGACGAGAUCUCUGCCAAGCACCUGGGCGCCUCGCGGGGCUGCGCCGGGGAUUCUGGGAUCAGCCUGCGCUUCUCCUCGGCCUCCCAGGCAGGAAGCCUGUCAUCCUUCAGCAGACUGGUGCUGUCUCACCUCCGGAACCUGCAGACCAACCUCAACCACCUCAAGGAGGUAGAGGCCAAGUACCACACCCUGGUACACCCACGGCCAGAGAGGAGCUCACCAGACACAGACCGGAACAAAGAUAAGAGAUAGUUCGAGGGGUGGAAGUUCAGACGAAGGAUUGAGUUGCUACUUCCUGUGUCGUUGACCCGGACUUCCUGUAUAAGCUUGUCCUCUCACUGUUGAGCCCCUCCCUCCGCCAGCGUCGCCCAUGGUUACCACAGAGCACGAGAGACUGAGCCCGAAAAAAAGAGUUGGAGGGAGGAGCCUCCCAGUGACCCCUCCUUCCUCAUCAGCACAUGGCAAUCAGGGAAGAGGGAUUGUCCCAAACCCCGCCCCUUACAUCCUGUCCCCGCCCCCCUACCUCCCUGCAUUUAAAGAACAAUACCAAACUGUAAAAACUGUGUGUUUAGGAUAUAUAUAUGAAACACAAGAAAAAAACAAAGGAACAUUUUUAAAGAUAAUGUAUUAAGAUUGUUGUUUUUUUUUAUCUUAAGAUGUAUUUAUUUUCUCUCUUUUUUUUGUCUGUUUUCAUAAGCAAGUGUUUGCCCAUGCUGCGUGCAUGUUUCAGGUCAUGUGAUGUGGUAGCUAGAUUGGCUGAACCUCCAAACCCAGCCCCAAGGAGGGGUGAGAGAGCAUGCUACCCCUCCCUACCCCACCUUAACCUGGUCUGAGCUGAGUGCAUCUGCAGCAGUCUGGACUGAGGCCAGACACCGAGGGUAGUGUCCUAGACUGUCAUGGAGACCAGGCUAGUGUUCUAGACCGUCAUGGAGACCAGGCUAGUGUUCUAGACCGUCAUGGAGACCAGGCUAGUGUUCUAGACUGAGUUUCCUAUCCUGUGAUGGUGUUGGGCUCUAUAAAAGCUCUAAUAUCAAUUCCAGGAUGGAGGGGAAACUGGUAUGAAGAAUCAGAGUUUCUGAUCUGGUCUUCAGUGAGUUUCUGCUUUAUUUGUAGUUGACCCCCAACCACCACCACCUCUGCUCCCCCUCUACCCCCCACCCCCCCCCCUACACACACCACCCCUUGACCCCCCUCCCCCCCACCACCGCCCCUCCAACCCAGCCAGCUCACCUCAUCCCCCAGGCUCCAGUACAGGGCUGCAGCUCCUACUGGUGUGAUCUGAAAAACCCUAACAUCACAAAGUACAUAACAUUACCUGUACAGAUGAUUGAGUUUGGAAGGCUAUGCAUACUGUAAUAACUUUAAUAAUAAUAAGCAAAACUGAAAUAAAACAGUGGCCUGACACGUUCAAAACA